GUUGUGUGAGGUUGUGGUGCUGUAGUGGUCUCGAAGACAGUCGCGCGUCGUGCCUUCGAUUGAACGCACGUCUGGCAUUCGUCGUCAAGUUUGUAAAAUCGUGCGUUCUCGUGGUCUCGUGUUGGUUUUGGAACUGCAAAGGAUUUUUGCUUUUUUUUCAGAGAGUGCGUGCGCGCAGUAUGGCGGCGACCAAAUACUCUCAUCCGUUCCUGCGCGGCCUGAAACCGUUUCCGGAGGGAUAUGACGAGGAGAUCCAGCAGGUCAGAGAAUGGAUGAAAAGCCAGCCGCACUUACCAUACAUCUCUGAUGACUUCAUCAUGCUGUUCCUGCACUCCAACAUGUACAAGGUGAAGGAGACCAAGGAGACCAUCGAGUGGUACUUCACCAUCAGAGCCAACACUCCCGAUCUGUUCAGCAAUAGGGACCCGCUGCUGCCGAAGAACAAGGCCAUUUUAGAUAUCACACACAUGGUGGCGCUUCCCAACACCACGGCGGAAGGUUACCACGUACUGCUCUACCGGCUGUCAGACUUCGACUACAGCAAGCUGAACUUCGCCGACGCAGUGCGCGUGUUCUGCAUGUUCAACGACGUGAAGUUGUCCGAGGAUCGACUUUCGGAGGCCUACAUCGUCAUCUUCGAUAUGAAGGGGUGCAGUCUCGGCCAUCUGACCAGAGUUACGUUGCCUGCGCUUAGAGCCUUCAUGCAGUAUAUACAGAACGGACAUCCCUGUCGUUUGAAGAAGAUCCACGUAGUCCACACAGUUUCCUUCAUAAAUCAAGUUAUGUGCCUCGUCAAGCCACUGAUCCAUUCCAAUUUACUGAACCUUCUCAACUUCUCCUCUGACGGCCCAGCGUCUGUCGUGGACAAGGAGCUCCUCCCUCAAGACUACGGUGGCCCCUUACCACCAGUCAAACAGCUACACGAAGAGCAGAGAAAGAAUAUGGAAGAGAACUAUAGAGAAUGGCUUAUAGAGACUGAGAUGUUCAAGGCUGAUGAUAAAAAGAGAAUAAAGAAACCCAGCAAAGGCAUGUUUGCCAGUCUGACGAGCACUUUCAAAGGUCUGGACAUCGACUGACCUGUAGCUAUGAAACAAGCAUUGGUACCUGAUAUAUUGGAUACGUAUAAAUACUAUGUUACGGUGCUAUUGGGGCAAUAUUCUUGUUUAUAUUUUGUUAUAAAAAAUGAACAGGUUUUCAAAAAUAUAUUUGCUU